AUGAAACUCAGAUCAUUUUUAACACCAAUUCUUAUCCGAACGAUGGCCUCAAAGAGGGUGAUCGUCGAUUGUGAUCCGGGAAUUGAUGAUGCUCUUGCGAUUCAAUAUCUUUUGCCAAGGAAUCUCAAAUCAUCUGUUGAAAUUGUCGCUCUAACGAUCGUUGAUGGAAACGUCAAAACUCAUCAAGGCGCUGCAAAUGCUCUUAGAAUCUUGAAGAGUAACAAUCUUGAGAGUAUUCCACCGAUUUAUCUCGGCGCCGAUUUUCCGGAAGAAAGUGAUGGAUGGUAUGGUGAAGAUGGUCUUGGAAAUCAACAAGGACUCGAGCCGAGAAUCUCGGGUAAUGAUGUUGAAAAGGGCGACUUUUUAGAGAUUGACAUGGGCAAAUCAGCGGGGCAAGCGAUUGUUGAUCUUACUCUUGAACACGAUGAUAUCACAAUUUUGUCCCUUGGGCCGCUGACCAACAUCGCUCAAGCUCUCAAACUGGACCCAAGUCUUCCUGAGCGCGUAAAUGAGUGGACAGUCAUGGGAGGAAAUUUGUAUGGAGCUGGAAAUGCUCCGGGACAGGCAGCAGAGUACAACUUUUGGUUCGACUAUUAUUCUGCAGAGAAAGUGAUAUCAAGCUUUCUUCCUCAUUUGACGCCAACGAUCGUGACCCUAGAACUCGCACGACAAUUUCCCUUCCCGAUUUCUUUCUGGCACGAUAUGGAUGAGUCAUUUAUAAAAUCCGUCUCAAAAUAUGAUGCAGAGCGAUACUUUGGAGAGUUUCACCCUCGAUGCCAGUUCGACAACGGCCCUGGUUGGAGAAUUUAUGAUUUGCUCGCCGCUCUUUGUCACACAAAUCCGGAAAUCAUUACUGAGGCUUGGGAGCAUUCUGUCGGAGUGGAGACAGAAGGAAAGCACACGAAAGGGCUGCUUGUAAUCGACCGAUAUUCGAUUGGUGAUGGCAUUUUCGACUAUGAAGGCAAAGCAAAGCUACCAACUACUGUUGAUAUAGCGAAAAUAUUGAGACUUCCUGGAAUACAGGCAUUCGAAAAAUAA